AUGGACGACAGCUCAGAUGUGGAUGAUUCGAUGGACGGCCUGCCCGCCUCAAGCGGUAUGAAAGGAGACGAUGAUGCGAGGAAACACGCACGGGCACAACACAAUGCGCUGGAGAGAAGGCGACGAGAUAAUAUCAAGGCGAUGUACGGGUGUCUAGAGGGAAAAGUGGCAAAAGGCGGCGAAAAGCUUUCACGAGCCGCGAUUUUGAAAAGCGAGAAGCAAGCGCGGAUAGCCGAGUUACGAGAGCUGAAUCAACGGCUUUGUAAAGAGACCGAAAUUUUGCGUGCCCGAAAGAAAGAAGCCGAGAGCACACAACUAGAAGAUGAUACAACAUCGAUACAACAGAGAAUCAACGGAGAAGCAGAG